GAGACCCUUUUUCUUGUAAAAUUCAGUCAUUCCAUAGUCCCCCUGUCGACUUCGAGAAAAAAUGGCUGAUAAUAAAUUAUAUGAAAUUUUGGGGGUUUCAAAAAACGCAAGUGAUUCGGAUAUAAAAAGGAGCUAUCACAAAUUGGCGAAAGAGUUCCACCCAGAUAAAAAUCCUGCGGCGGGUGACAAGUUCAAAGAAAUUAGUUAUGCGUAUGAAGUUCUUUCCGACCCGAAGAAAAGACAGGUCUAUGACAAAUAUGGGCUGAAGGGUUUGCAAGAAGGUGGGCAUGGCGGAGGCUUCCCUCCUGAUGAUCUCUUUGGCCAUUUCUUUGGAGAUAUUUUCGGCAUGGGCGGCGGUGGUGGCAGCAGAGGGCGAGGCAGAGCCAGGGGAGAAGACACUAUUCAUCCUCUCAAAGUAUCUUUAGAAGAUAUGUAUAUCGGCAAAACUGCCAAAUUGCAGCUAAGCAAAAAUGUAAUUUGCGGUGUCUGUAAGGGUGUAGGUGGAAAACCUGGUGCUGUUGUGUCUUGCAAGGACUGUCACGGGCAAGGCGUUAAAGUAACUUAUCAACAGAUUGGGCCUGGCAUGACUCGACAAUUCCAAACUCGUUGUCCUACCUGUCAAGGCCUAGGGGAGACUAUCAAUGACAAAGACAAGUGCCAGAAAUGCAAAGGCAAGAAAGUCUUAAACGAGACCAAAAUAUUAGAGGUACAUGUUGAAAAGGGUAUGAGAGAGAAUCAAAAGAUAUUCUUUAGAGGUGAGGGUGACCAGCAGCCUGAUAUGCAGCCUGGUGAUGUUAUCAUCAUACUGCAGCAAAAAACCCAUGAUGUGUUUCAAAGAACUGGUGAUGACCUUCUUAUGAAACAUGAUAUAACUUUGACAGAAGCCCUGUGUGGUUUCGAAUUUGUUGUGAAGCAUUUGGAUGGCCGUGAAUUGCUAGUUAGACAUACUGCUGGCGAAGUUAUAAAGCCAGGUGAUUUAAAAGGUAUCCAGGGUGAAGGCAUGCCACAGCACAAGAAUCCAUUUGAAAAAGGCAAUCUGUACAUAAAAUUUGAUGUAGUUUUCCCUGAAAACAAUUUUGCUUCAGAGGAGCAGUUGAAAAAAAUUGAAAGUAUACUGCCACCACGACCAGCCUUUGUUAUGCCGACUGGUGAUGACGUAGAAGAAGUUAAUCUGAUGGAGUACACUGCUAGUGAACGAAACCGUGGCCGAGAAGAGGCAUAUGCUAGUGAUGAUGAGGAGCAUAUGCAUGCUGGGCCUGGUGUGCAGUGUGCGCACCAGUAGUUCAAUUAUCCAUUUACAUGGAUAUUUACUCUAACCUCACAUAAUGUAACUUUAGCAUAGGUAGUUUAAUUAAAUAUCACAGCACUAUAGGACGAUUGCUAGGGUUACUUUGAGCAAUAAUAUUAAUGUAUCUGUACUAUGGCAUUACGAUGAGUUUCCUCUAACUUGUAAAAAAUCUUCAUCAAAAUGGCAUAGUGUAAAAUCUGUGCAUAAAUUGUAAUGUGUACAUUUUACCUUACAUAAGGCCACAAUAUAAAUCAGCUGCAACAAUAUAUUAGCUAACGCCUCAUGUAAUUCUUUGUGACUAGUUUAUGGAGCAUGUUAGUUUAAUUAAAUGCUAGUGAGAGUUGUUCAUGUAAUUCAUUCCAGGGAGUUUUUUGUAUGGCCAAGGCAAAUAAUCAACAUUUAUUUUAAUAAGUGUGUUUCAUUUCUAUAUUAUAUUCCUGUACAUGUCAUAUUAGUUGUGGAAUAAACUUCAUGGCUGUUUUUUUUUAAAUGGUACAUAUACCAUUGUUUUAAUGUUUUUUUAGUU